GCGGUGAAGGUUACUACGAUGAGUACGGACAACCCAACUAUAAUUACAUGAACGACCCACAGCAAGGUCAAAUGCCACAACAACAACCAGGUGGUUAUGAUAACGACGGCUACUACGACUCGUACUAUAACAACCAGAUGAACGCUGGUGUUGGCAAUGGGUUGGGACCUGACCAGACAAAUUUUUCAGAUUUUAGCAGCUACGGACCACCUCCAUUUCAAAAUAACCAAGCUAAUUAUACACCAUCCCAACUAAGUUAUAGCAACAAUGGGAUGGGCAGCAACG